CCCCCUCCCUCCUUCUCGCACAUCCGCGUCUGUGGUGCAGGCGGAGAUUGAUGUGCUGUGUCUGUGCGCGUGCAGCAUCUCAGCUCUCUCUCCAUGCAUAAGUUGUAUUUUCUGGCAUCCUUCAGAAAAGGCUCAACAGAUUCUUUCGAUUCGAGGAUUAUAUUCAAUUCUUAAGCAGAUACAGGUUUAAAUUCAGUUUAGGUUACAAUCCGAAUUCUUAUCAAAUUCACACAUUUUGAGAAUAGGAGUUCUGCAAGGCUACAUCCUCUGUAAGGCAGCAAAAUGUUGGAUCCGUCAUCCAGCGAGGAGGAAUCGGAUGGUGGGAUGGUGGAGGAGGAACACCAUCACAAGGAGGCAUCGGCACCCCAGAGCGGAGCCCGCAUCUCUCCAAGCCGGACCAGCGAGAGCUCCGGCGGGCUUGCGCCCAGCAGCAGCCGCAGUAGCGCUCGCCCGACCAGCCCGAGCCCGUCAGCUGCCAGCGAGCAGGAGAAGGUGGAGGAGGCGAAUUUGCAGAAGGAAGAAGAGGAGCGCAAAAAGAAGUUGCAACUAUAUGUAUUUGUGAUGCGGUGCAUUGCAUACCCUUUCAAUGCAAAACAGCCCACCGAUAUGGCGAGACGACAACAGAAGAUCACAGAGCAGCAGCUCCGGCAGACCAACGACCGCUUCAAAGCUUUCCUCAACGGAGACACCCAGAUAGUGGCUGAUGAAGCGUUCAUCAACGCAGUCCAGAGCUACUAUGAGGUGUUCCUGAAAAGUGACCGCGUUGCCAAGAUGGUCCAGAGCGGGGGCUUCUCAGCCAAUGACUGCAGGGAGGUGUUCAAGAGGCACAUCGAGAAGCGUGUCCGCAGCCUGCCCGAGAUCGAUGGCCUGAGUAAGGAGACGGUGCUCAGCUCCUGGAUGGCCAAGUUCGACACCAUCUACCGCGGGGACGAGGACCCACGCAAGGCUCAGCAACGCAUGACGGCUAGUGCAGCCUCUGAGCUCAUCCUCAGCAAGGACCAGCUCUACGAGAUGUUCCAGAACAUUCUGGGUAUCAAGAAGUUUGAGCACCAGCUGCUCUACAACGCCUGCCAGUUGGACAACCUGGACGAGCAGGCUGCCCAGAUCAGACGGGAGCUGGAUGGACGCCUGCAGAUGGCCGAUCAGAUUGCCAGGGGAGGCAAAUUCCCCAAGUUUGUGUCGAAGGAGAUGGAGCAGAUGUACAUAGAGGAGCUGAAGGCGUCGGUGAACCAGCUGAUGGCCAACCUAGAGAGCAUGCCGGUGUCCAAGGGAGGAGAGUUCAAACUGCAGAAGCUGAAGAAAGGACACAACACCUCCAUCAUGGACAUGGGUCAGGAGGACGAGAACACACUGUCCAAGUCUGAUGUGGUGCUCUCCUUUACUCUGGAGGUGGUGAUCAUGGAGGUGGUAGGCCUGAAGUCUCUGGCUCCUAACAGGAUCGUUUACUGCACCAUGGAGGUGGAGGGAGGGGAGAAACUGCAGACAGACCAGGCUGAGGCCUCCAAGCCAACCUGGGGGACCCAGGGAGACUUCACCACCACACACCCCCUCCCUGCCGUCAAGGUGAAACUGUUUACAGAAAGCACUGGAGUGCUGGCCCUGGAGGAUAAAGAGCUGGGCAGGGUGGUUCUCCACCCGACCCCUAACAGCCCCAAGGCAUCAGAGCUCCAUAAGAUGGCCCUCACCAAGGCCUGCCCCGACCAGAACCUUCAGAUCAAACUGGCCAUUCGCAUGGACAAACCGCAGAACAUGAAGCAUUCUGGGUAUUUGUGGGCUUUUGGGAAGAACGUCUGGAAGCGCUGGAAGAAGCGUUUCUUCGUCCUCGUGCAGGUGAGCCAGUACACCUUUGCCAUGUGCAGCUACAGAGAGAAGAAGUCUGAGCCACAGGAGCUGCUACAGCUGGAUGGUUACACUGUGGACUACACCGACCCCCAGCCAGGUUUGGAUGGCGGCAGGGCGUUCUUCAACGCGGUGAAGGAGGGCGACACUGUAAUCUUUGCCAGUGAUGACGAGCAGGACCGCAUCCUGUGGGUUCAGGCAAUGUACCGGGCCACCGGUCAGUCCCACAAGCCCGUUCCUCCCACCCAGAUCCAGAAACUAAACUCCAAGGGGGGUGCCGCCGCUCAGAUGGACGCGCCCAUCUCCCAGUUCUCUGGACUUAAGGACGCAGACAGAGCUCAGAAACAUGGCAUGGAUGAGUUUAUCUCGGCUAACCCCUGUAGCUUUGACCACGCCUCCCUGUUCGAGAUCGUCCAGAGGCUCACGUUGGACCACAGGCUCAAUGACACCUUCUGCUGCCUGGGAUGGUUCAGCCCGGGCCAGGUGUUUGUCCUGGAUGAGUACUGUGCCAGGAACGGCGUGCGGGGGUGUCACAGACACCUGGGUUACCUAGGGGACCUGCUGGAGAGGGCGGACAGAGGAGCCAUGAUCGACCCCACCCUGCUUCACUACAGCUUCGCUUUCUGCGCCUCCCAUGUCCACGGUAACAGGCCUGAUGGACUGGGAACAGUGAAGGUGGAUGAAAAGGAGCGCUUUGAAGAAAUCAAAGAGCAAUUGCGUGUGAUCCUGGAACACCAGAUCACUAACUUCAGAUAUUGCUUCCCGUUCGGACGUCCAGAGGGAGCCUUGAAGGCCACGCUGUCUUUGCUGGAAAGGGUGCUGAUGAAGGACAUUGUGACUCCAGUCCCACAAGAGGAAGUGAAGGGAGUCAUCCGUAAAUGUCUGGAGCAGGCUGCACAGCUCAACUACGCUAAAAUCACAGAAUACGCCAAAAUCGAAGGGAGAAAGAGGGAAAUGUUUGAGCACCCUGUCUUCUGCUUGGCGUCACAAGUGAUGGAUUUAACCAUCCUUGAGAAAGAUAAAAAGCCGGAUCCAAAUGAUCCAGAGAACGUAGGCCGGUUAGUCACGCCCGCCAAAAAACUGGAGGACACUAUUCGCCUGGCCGAGCUAGUCAUAGAGGUCCUCCAGCAGAACCAGGAACAUCAUGCGGAGGCUGCAGUCACAAGUUCUGGAGAUCAAUCGGCCUUUGCCUGGUGGUCUGACCUGAUGACGGAGCACGCUGAGACCUUCCUGGCCAUGUACGCCGUGGACAUGGACGCUGCUCUGGAGAUCCAGUCUCCUGAGAGCUGGGACAGCUUCCCUCUCUUCCAGCUGCUCAACGACUUCCUCCGCACUGACUAUCACCUGUGCAAUGGGAAAUUCCACAAACACCUGCAGGACCUCUAUGCUCCCCUGGUGGUUAGAUAUGUGGACCUGAUGGAGUCCUCCAUCGCUCAGUCUAUCACCAGGGGCUUUGAGGGAGAGUCCUGGGUGCCUGUAAAGAGUUUGACAAGUAAUCUGCCCAAUGUGAAUCUCCAAAUACCAAAUGUCAACCUCCAAAUUCCCAAAGUACCAAAUCUGCCGCCAGUAGCAGGACUAUCAGUUAACCUUCCGACAAUGCCUAGUUUUUCCACCCCGUCAUGGAUGGCUGCUAUCUAUGACCCUGACAAUGGCUCUGGGACGUCGGAGGACCUGUUUUGGAAGCUGGAGGCCCUGCAGACCUUCAUCAGGGACCUACACUGGCCCGAGGAGGAGUUCGCCAAACACCUGGAGAACCGCAUGAAGCUCAUGUCCAGCGACAUGAUUGAGAAUUGCGUCAAACGCACUAGGAUGGCAUUUGAGUCCAAGCUGGCAAAGAGCAGCAGGGGUACAGACUUCCGCAUCUCCGCAGCAAUAUGCACCAUGUUCAAUGUGAUGGUGGAUGCGAAGGACCAGUCUUCCAAGCUGUGUGCCAUGGAGAUGGGCCAGGAGAAACAGUACCACACCCAGAUAGAUGAGCUGAUUGAGGAGAGUGUAAAGGACAUGAUCCAACUCAUGGUGGCAAAGUUUGUGGUUAUUCUGGAGGGUCUGUUGGCCAAGAUCUCCCGAUACGAUGAAGGCACUCUAUUCUCAUCUUUCAUGUCAUUCACGGUGAAAGCUGCCUCAAAGUACGUGGACGUCCCUAAGCCUGGGAUGGACGUUGCCGACGGUUAUGUCACCUGUGUCCGCCAUUCUCAGGACAUUCUACGAGAUAAGGUCAAUGAGGAGGUGUAUAUAGAAAGGUUAUUUGAUCAAUGGUACACAGCCACCAUGAACCUGCUGGGGACCUGGCUCACUGAGCGUAUGGACCAGCAGCUCCAUCUCUACCAGCUCAAGAUCCUCAUCAGGAUCGUCAAGAAAAAGUACCGUGACUUCCGUCUGCAGGGGGUGCUAGACUCCACCCUGAACAGUAAGAUGUAUGACACGGUGAGGAACAGGCUGACCCUGGAGGAGGCCAACGCGUCCAUGAAAGAGGGAGGCAUGGGGGGCAUCUCCAUGAAGGACAGCGACGAAGAGGACGAAGACGAUGACUAGAGCGCAGCGCCGGCCAACCUCAGAACUGGCACCGACACCUCCCUUUACCCCCCGUAUGACCCCCCCCCGUCUCCACUCCCGACCCCCGAUCCUCUACUCUCACAACUUUUGACUUAGCCUGGUAACCAAUGCAUGUACCAACUCUGUUACUCAGACAGCCACGUUAGGUCCUCUUUGUCAUCUCAAAAUGCUCAUGAAGGACCUAUAAUAAACAAUAAAAAUAGUAAUUACUAUACUGAGGAAAAAUAAUAUAAAUAAAGAUGUUGAAAAAAUAAACCAUGAAUGACAGUUUAGCUGUGUCAUGAUGAAGAUAGCACUGAUGAUAUCUUUGACUCAGUGAUUUCUAAAUUCAUUUCUAUGUGUUCCUAAGCAAUAUGGAGUACCAUUUGUUUGACAAUGUUGAGUGAGAUUAUUAGGUGUGUCCCUGUCCAAUGCAAACCUAUAUCGCGCUUCUUUGUUGUAUUCUACAUUCAUUAUAAUGGUACAUUGUUGUGACGAUGAGUGUAUAGACCCUUUUCUUUGUAUUGUCUAUCUUUAAGUGGAUGCCAACUGCUUCAAACUGAAAAUUACCCAUCAAACUGAAAAUGAAGUUCAAUGCUGUUUAGGAUAAACAUCUCGUCUACUCACUCUACUGUACUCUCAGCACCAUAGUAUGUUCUAGACUGUCUGUUCCUCAUCUGUGUCAAUGCUCUGUGACCUCAUAAUCUUUCACCCUAUCACUAACGAGACAUCGUCCAGCAGCCAUCUUGAACUAAAAUGAGUGGGUAUUCUAGAAAUGCAAUAUUCUCAAAGCUCCAUUUUGAUAUCUUGUUGGAGAUUAUAUUUUUCUUUCUACAUUGUUGAAACGACCUUGAAACAGGUUCUAAUCUGUUUUAAAUUUAGUUGCACGUUUACAGAGAAAAGAGAGCUGAAAAUAAAAUGUUUUUCUUUUAUUUACCAAAAUGAAAGUUGGUCUGUCUUUUUAGUUUUAUUACGUAUUUGAUUAGAAUGAGAUGUGUGGCAUUUCUUUGGGUCUCACUGUUGUUUUGUAUAUACACCGCUGUACAUUGCAUUCUGAGCCAUCGCUGCAUGCCCGUGGGUCCCCACCCUCUCCGAAUGCUUUCCGUUCUGUGUGAAAAUUAGCUGGUGGAUUAAGUCUUGCUUUUGCCUUAUGAAAGCCAACAGUUGUAAUAUGCAAGAGCUGUGGCCUCUAAAUAAAAUUACUGUACAAAUACACAA